GAGAAAAUAGUCAAAUGAGCAUGCGCGUCAGCUUUGUAUCCAGGAGUCUAAUAGGUGACCAGACGCUUCUCGUUUGGAGGCAUCACAUGUUUGUGCGCACAGCGGAGUCUCGAUACAUUUAAGGCAGAGGGUUGGGGAUAGGACAAGCUGUUGAGAGAAGAAGAGGUUCGAGCUCAGUUAGUCUAUUUUCCUCAACAAUUUUCCUCUUGGAGCUGCGAACAUGCGCGUCAUUUUAACUGUUUUUGUUCUGGUCUGCGCCUGCAUCACUCAUCCAACCGAUGGACGCAAAACAUAUGGAGAUAUGUUUUCCCAUAAGCAUUCUUUAACAAGGAAGCUUCCGUUUCCAAUUCCUCCAAUUCCCGGAUGGGACCCAGACAGCAACCCAUGGGACGAUUACCUCUAUCCACCACUGGACUCAAAGCUGAGAGAGCUCACACAUCACAGAGGUAAACCCAAAGUCCGCCUGACCAGUGACAGUCCGGCUCUCAAUGGCUCAUGCAUCACCUUCACAGCCAAGCUGGAGUAUCCUCCCUGCCAGAAGGAGGAUGAUAAUGGAGACCUCGUGUGGGAUGAGCACUGUGAGGAUGGUACGGAGCUGGAGGCUUCAGCUAAUGGACAAGUUCGCUCUGGUUACGUCUACAACUGGACAUCCUGGUUGGACGACUAUGGCUUUGGGAAGUGCAUUGACAAAACUAAAUGUAAUGUAUUCCCUGAUGGCAAGCCCUUCCCCCAGAGCAACGACUGGAGGCACAAGAGUUACGUCUACGUCUGGCACACAAUGGGACAGUACUAUGAAACGUGUGAUGGCUCCUCAUCCAGUGUGACCAUAAACACCACCAACAUCCCUCUGGGAGCUGAAGUCAUGGAGGUCUUGGUCUACAGGCAGCGGGAGCGCAGGAAAUACAGCCCCCUCACUACCGACAACAGUGUCUACUUCGUAACAGAUAAGAUCCCAGUAGUAGUCGACAUCUUCCAGAAGUCUGCGGUUAACCAGUCUGCAAAUGUGUUCAUCCGUGGCGAGGACGUGGUCUUCACGGUUCACCUUCAUGACCCUAGCAACUACCUGAAAACUGCAGCAGCCAUUGACUACAUCUGGGACUUCAGAGACGGCAACCAGCUGGUAACGCACAGAGACCUGACCACACACACCUACACAUCGCUGGGGAAGAUGAGUGUAAAGUUGGUGGUGGAGGCAGCGUUCCCUGUUGAGUGUCCCCCAGCGUCUGCCACCUCAUCUCCACCUCACACAGACACUCCAACCCCGGCUCCUGCCAGUCACGUUGUAACAACUAAGAUAAGGACCACAACAGCUCCACUAAGCACCAGCCAGCCCUUUCUGUCAUCCUCCACCACCUCCAUGACCACUGGGUUGCCGAGCACAGAGCCCCUACCCCCCACUGAGUCCAUCUCCACCACCACCAUGCCAUGGCUGCGCACCAAGCGACUCAACUCCAAUCAGUGUUUACGGUACGCCUAUGGGACCUUCACAGGAAACAUUACCAUUGUUGAGCCAAAGCACCCACUGAAGAGCUGGCCAAACAGUCGCAUUGUGGACGUGUCUGCUGCAAGAGUGACCAACACUGAGGUCAACUUUGUGGUAAAAUGUUUGGGCAGCAUCCCCACCUCAGCCUGCACCAUCGUCUCCGACCCCAGCUGCACCCAGGUGCGUAACAUCAUGUGUGAUGAUGUGCCGCCUUCGUCAGAUUGCCAGGUGAAUUUGAGGCGGCGGUUUCUGGAACCUGGCACCUACUGUGUUAACAUCACCCUGGAGAACUCCAGCAGCAUGGCGCUCGCUAGCACCAUCGUCACCAUCAGCAAGGCCCAGGACCCGCCCGCUCACAAGCCUGCGAGUUCUGCUGGGGCGGUUCUUUCAUCAGCCGCUGUGUUAUUGGCCAUCUUUGGAUUUGUUGCAUAUCUAAUCUACAAGCGUCACAAAGUCUACCGGCCCAUCCGAAGGACACAGGUGGAGGAGAACUGUGGCCACGCCGGAGCAGCAGGUCACAUGGUCCGGCUGAGAGAAGCUCUCUUCCCCUCCAGUGAAGAGAGCCGUCACCUGCUGACAGAGAGACACCCUGCGUAACACUGUUAACAAGGUUGUCUAUAAAAAGACAACAUUGCAAUGCUGAACGUGGCAUAGUAAAGGCAACUCCUAAAUCAAUAGGAAUAAUUUUUCAGAAAUUAUACUAAUAUCCCAAUUGUAUCUGGAGUUGCGGGUUCAAGUGAAAGUCUUUAACGCUACAGUCAUGUGAUUUUUCGGAUGAUUUGUUCGAGACUCUUAAAUUUGUGACCAUUCUAACUGAUUUUAUGUAGAGAUCUAACAUACUUGUCUAAUUAUAACUUUUUCUUCCCUUUUUUUGUGUUAAGAGUAUUUUGCAGUAGGUUGUUCUCCUUGUCUUGCCUUUAUAGCAGUAGGACCAAUUAUGAGUCCACAUUAAUUAUGAUAUCUGCAAUAUUUUUUAGAUCAGUAUCUCAAGACUAAUUAUAAACAAGCAUUUCAUAGUUUGAUGAGCUGUCUUUAAUAAAGAUUGAACUAACAGAC